CGUAGUCCUCGUCUGUCUCAAUCAUUUCAUUUUCGUGUAAAACCAUUUGUGAAUGGACGACGGCAAAUAAAAUAAAUUGGCCAAUUCUAAAAUAUUGGUUCCCCACACAUUAUUUGCAAUGAGUGAUAACGAAAAAGAAGAGGCUGCCAAUUUGAAAGAAGAAUUCGAAUGGGUCCUUCGCGAGGAGGUGCACGCUAUAUUACAUCAGCUUCAUUCGGUUCUAGUCGAAUGUGCUCACAGAUUCCCCGUGCCAUUAUAUGGCAACGAAGGCCAGAAGCAGGACAAAUUCAUCUUGACAUCACAGCCUGAACAGCUGAAAUGUAUAGUCACUUUGACUGGUGAUAGCAUUACUCAUGCAGACAUAAGCUUCAAGGUACUUCGUCAGCUUCACACAAUAUGUCGUACAUCAAUCAACCAAGACGGACCGUGGAAAUUGCAGCAGAUUCAAGAUGCAGCCAAUCAUUUGCAGCAAGCUAUAGGCUAUAUUGAUAAUGUGGACAAACAUUAUAUCUUUAGAUCGUCCGAAGAAGUCCUACAUAUAAUACAAUGUUUACUCGGCUCUCUGCAGAGAGCACGCACUGCCUUAGUACUUCCUAAGAAGAAAGCUAUUGAUGAGCUUAUGAAAAGUAGAAAUAUGAAAGCCCUAUCACCUAACCUACCUGAAGACUUGGCAAUAUCAUUCUACAUACAGUCACACAAGCUGAUAUUUGUUGCGUACCAGCUGAGUUCGGUUCACGGGACCAUGAGAAUUGAUUCAUGCCAAGCAGACUGUGCAGUGCCAUGGCUUAGCGAUGUGCUCUUCAUGCUAACAGCAGCACUUCACAUGUGUCAACAACUUAAAGAUAAGCUUUGUGUAUUCUCACAGUACAAGGACUUCACAGUGGGAUCGAGAUCAACCUCUAUGGUAUUAAACUGAAUCCAUGUUACCUGAUUCUCAAGUGUUUGUAAGCUUAUGUACUAUUUAUACUGUACAUGUAUUUAUUUAGUAAUAAUUAUCAAGUCCAUUGUUGAUUCUUGUUGAGUAUGUUGUAAUAUAGCAUAGGUAAUAUACUAAUAAUUUAUUGUUAUAUUUAAUAGGAUGUAUAAGCAGAGGUAAGACCUGUCAAAGUUAUGUUCGAAGGUGUAUUGGACAAAUUCUGUGUCCAAUAUCUGUAUUAGAAUGUGUUAUUAUUAUUUAGUUUUAUUUGGGUACAUAUGAAUGCUUCUUAAGUUGGAUCUGUGCAUUUUAGGAUUAAUUAAUUUAAACAUUUCAAAUAUUUUACAAUGCAGUGCUGUUCAUCGAAAAAAUUUAAUAAUUAUCCGAUAUUUGACUAUAAUUUGGUACAAAUAAAUAAACGUGCCAUCUCUGAGCUUUCGGUGUUGUUCCUGUUUACUAAAGAAUAAUUAGUUUUGUUGGUUUUUCUAGUAGGUUCAAUCAAUUUAUUGUAAAUAUUUAAAACUGUUUUCAUUCUUUGUGUUUCCUUGGUCGAGCUUUUGUAUUAAUCAAAUUGGAUAUAAAUUAAAGCGUAUUUCACAAACAUCACGAUUUCGCUUAGGUGCACUGCAAGGGCGUUAUACAGACCCACUAUUAUAUCUUGUGAUUGUGAAAGCUAAUGAAACCUCUUUCGUAUGUAAUCGAUGUACUUUUAUUGGUAAGUGCACAAAUAUAGAUCUGAAAUGUUAAAAGGGUUUCGAUGCAACUUGGAGCAAUAAGGCUUCUUUGAAGUAAUGUAUAUUGUAGAUAAAAUAUAAUUAAUGUUGAAGAUUUCAUGACCGUGUAUCAUUAAUGUUCAAAUGUUCAACAAUCAAAGAGAAACUUCAAUUUAAAAUAUCGUUUAUUUAUACAAAAAAAAAAAAGAUUAACAAAGAAAAACGUUCCGUAAAAAUAACCUUAUCCAAUCGUCAUUGCAUGAUAGUUACAUUGUAAAAAUCUAAACUGAAUAUUCAUGUCCAUCACAGUAUGUCAAAUUAAUUUAACACUGAAGUGAUUUCGCCUCGAAUUCAUUCUAAUGUAGUCAAUUAAUUAAGUUCUUCAAACUAAUUAACUUAUUCAAUUUGUCAACGUAUAGAGUUAAAAAAAUAUGUGAUACAUAACGUUUAAUUCUAAGGUCUAUCUAAAUUAAUCUUGGUAAUGAUUGUCUCGGUCACCUGCUUGCCGCUAGAGCGCUUUCAGUAAAAACUUGAUGGAAGGAUUUUUAAACAGAAUGAGGGCUAUUGUUUUUAUACCUAUCAGUUGGCACUGACGUAUGACAGGACCUUACUCGUGAGCUCGUCACCUCACUCUGCAGUGGCGCCACCCUGGUGACUGCGAAUGCGAUAUUCCUCAUACCGCUUCAGCGCUCACCAGAUGGCGUCACUAUCCUUAGCCGCUAGCAAGUGAUAGAACUAUGGAUAGAACCUUGCUCCACUGUGCAGCAGUGGUGCCAACUGGUGAACACAAACGAUAGCGCCCAUUGUGACGUCAUUUUAUCUCUCUAAUUAAUUGAUUUUAAAACAACUAAAAAGUUAAAAGAAGUAUGUAGUUACCUACAAUUUUUUUUGAGAAAUUGUGCCUUGCAAUGGUUAAUUUAUCGCCGGGAGUCUAGCUAUAAAGAUGUAUUAAGAAAUACGGAUGUAGAUCGCACCGAUUGUCAGCGGAAACAUAGCGCAAAUAUGCUAUUUAUCAACUCUUGCGCAGGUUUAAAAACUUCUUGAUUAAUAGUGGCCGAGAGUAAACGAAAAUCUUCUAUGUGAGUCUGUCUUGACUUUGUCCUAUAAAGGUAUAUAAUUAUACCAUUCUUUAAAAAUAAAAUGAAUAUUGAACUAAACUAGCUUUUUGGUGUCAAAAUUCAUCUGUAAAAUAAUAUUUCAAAGCGAUAACACUAUGAUUACAAAAAAUCUAAUGUUAAAAUCGCUCUAUUAUGAAUAUAACUAGUUACGCAAUGUAUGAUAAUAAUAUUAAACAACAGAAUUGGAUAUCGUUAAUAUUGUAUUUUUGUGCACUUUUAAUAAUUCAUAGCAAGAUAAUGAAUUGUUAUCGUAAUUCCUGAAUAAAAUCUUUAAACGUUGAAUAUUCUUGUAGUGAAUGUAAAGUACCCAAUUAGGAAAUGCAUUUAUUUAAAUUACAUGUUUUUGUUGCUAUGAUUAUUUAAAAUGUAAGAAGAUAGUAUGAAGCGAUAGAUCACCAUCAUGAUCAAAUUUAUUUGACAUGUUCGACAAUAACAAUCUUAUACUAGUAUUAUUAGAUAGUCUCAAGACUACUUUAAUUGUAUGUACCUACUGUAUAAACAAUUCUUGUGAUUGUGUUGUAAUCUUGUAUUUCAAUAAACCAAAAUGCUGUU